ACAUGGAGGAAAUUAUGGCACCUUUCCCUGAUAUAAGUUCUAAGUUCUUCUCCCUCUUUCUCUCUCUCUCUCUCUUUCUUGACAACCAUAAAAGCUCUUAAACAAUACCCAACACUUCUUAUUAGUUCUCCUGGCUGCAAAGCCAUCAAUCCUCUCUUAGACAAAUUAUUUUCUUUUUUAGACAAUUUUCUCGAGAAAGUUGAAGAAUAGAAAAUGGAGAUAGAAUCAGCAAAGUGCGAGUGUUGCGGGUUGAAAGAAGACUGCACCCAAGACUACAUCAAUGAAGUGAAAGCUAAAUUUGACAGUAAAUGGCUAUGUGGGCUGUGCUCUGAGGCAGUGAGAGACGAAGUAAACAGAGGGAAUUCAAAGAAGCCAUUCGGAGUCGAAGAAGCUGUGAAGGCUCACAUGUCGUUUUGUCGUAAAUAUAAAUCGAAUCCCGCGAUUCGUGUCGCGGACGGGAUGAGGCAGAUGCUGAGGAGAAGGUCUGGAGAUUUGUCGUCCUCGUCCAAGAAGUAUUCGAGAUCAUCUACCACAUCACAGGUAGGAGAUGAGUCAUCUUUCAAGUAUUGAUAGCUAGAAGAAGAAGAAGAAGAAGAAGAAGAAGAAGAUGUAGAUAGAGAGGAAUGGUGUUUGGUUGGGAAUUGGAAUAAGGUUUUUUUGAGAGUCUUUAAUGGCUGAAAAUCUCGUCUUGUGUUGUAAAGGGGAUGUAGUUUCAAUGGAGGGUUCUUUUUUUUCUUUUUUCUUUCUCUUCUCUUGAUAUAUGGGUAUGUUUUCGUUCGACGACAUAGGUAUCAUUUUCUUUAUUUUCUA